AUCACAUGUGAGUCAUUCGUCUGUGUUGAUGCCUGAUUCCCGACCAGCGCUGCUUUCCUCAGUCUGCAUGUGAAUUCGGUGUCUUCUUUAUAUAUAGUCCAUGAUCGUACACCGGUGCCCUGGACGCGUCAUAGGGGAAGAGUGACAUUAUAAACUAAUACAUGUGAGAGCACAUAAACACAUCUUACUGAAAGAUCAGAUGUCUGGGACUGCGAACACAUCUGCGACCCCGCAGUCCGCAAAAAUGAAAAAGGACGAAUCUUUCCUCGGGAAAUUAGGAGGAACCCUGGUGCGAAAGAAAAAGUCUAAAGAAGUGAGUGAUCUCCAUGAGGAGGGGAAGAAUGCCAUCAAUGCUCCCAUGCUUCCUACAGGGACAGAAAUCCAUCCAGAGGACACACUGAUGGAGGAAAACGCUGAGAGGAUCAUGUUGGACCCAACAUCGCGGGAAAAUCUUAAAUUUAAAGAUCUUUUGAAGGUCCUGAUUGACUGGAUCAACAGUGAGUUGGAGGAAGACAGGAUCAUAGUCAAAGACCUGGAGGAAGACUGUUAUGAUGGACAAGUGCUCCAGAAGUUAUUUGAAGAGUUGUCAGGCAGGAAGCUGAACGUGGCCGAGGUGACCCAGUCAGAGAUCGGCCAAAAGCAGAAGCUUCAGACGGUUUUGGAGGCCGUCAACGAACUGCUGAGGCCUCACGGCUGGACCAUUGAGUGGAGUGUGGACUCUAUUCAUUCAAAGAACCUGGUGGCUAUUGUCUACCUGCUGGUGGCUCUCGCGAUGCAUUUCCAGGCCCCCAUCAGACUGCCUGAGCAUGUUUCUGUGCAGGUGGUCGUCAUCAAGAAACGAGAGGGCAUCCUGCAGACGGCUCUUGUGACCAAGGAGCUGACAAGCACCACAGAAAUGAUGAUGGGAAGGUUUGAGAGGGAUGCGUUUGACACUUUGUUGGAUCACGCACCUGACAAGCUCAACGUGGUGAAAACGUCUCUCAUCACCUUCGUGAACAAACACCUGAACAAGCUGAACCUGGAAGUUACUGAGCUGGAAUCUCAGUUUGCUGAUGGCGUGUACCUGAUAUUGCUGAUGGGGCUGCUAGAAGACUACUUUGUCCCUCUGUACAACUUCUUCCUCACUCCUGAGAGCUUUGAACAGAAGGUCCACAAUGUGGCGUUUGCCUUUGAGCUGAUGCAGGAUGGAGGCCUGAAGAAACCCAAAGCCAGACCAGAAGAUGUUGUCAACCUGAACCUCAAGUCCACCCUCCGAGUCCUCUACAACCUGUUCACCAACUACAAAAACUCUGAUUGAACUUUUCCAGUUUCUCUCCCCUAUAUACUUUUGAUCGCUGCACAGAUAUUAUGCAUUACAGUCUGGACACUGGAGGAGACCAACUGGGACUUAAAAAUCAUUAUUAUGUGGGACUUAAAAAGACCCAUGGAGAGUAGCCUGAAAAAGGCUCUUAAUGUCAGUAUUUAAUUUCCUCCAAAUGUCAGUACACUAUUUAUUCCUUCCUUGAAUGUUAAAUGCAACCCAGGAAACCCUUUAACCUUUAGCCUGCAUUUGAAUACACACAAUAGCCAUGACAGGAAAACGAAUGUUAAAACUGGAAAACAUUUGUGUUAACCUGGUUACUCUCCAGAAUAUUUAAGAAAGUUGAAAUGCUGUUAUAUAUUAUAAAAUAUCUAAAAUUAAUGUGUAAAUAUUAAAAGAGUAGUUUUGGGAAAUACACAUAUUUGCUUUCUUGCCAAGAGUUUGACGACAAUAUUGAUACCACACUCAUGGUUUAUAUGCUAAAUAUUAAGCUAACAUUAAAACCAGCAGCUGGUUAGCUUAACUUAGCAUAAAGACUGCAAACAGGGGAAAUUGCUAGUCUGGCCCUGAUCGUAAAUAACAAAAUAUGCAUACCAACACCUCUAAAGCUCAUGUAACACAAAGUGUAAACACAACAAACUGCGCACCAUAGAAAAGUUGUGGGGCCUUUAUUUUAUGCCCAAAACAUAACUGCCAUGUAAUCUAUAUCUAAUGUAUACAAAUGUAGAUACUGUAGCAGUCAUUUUGCCUUUGGAUAAUCUUCACAAAAGGCAAGAAGAAAUCAACAAAAUGAAGAAAAAAAAAAAAAAAAAAAAAAGCUGUCUUGUGAAGUUUGGAAAACCUAAUUUUAAUUAUUUACUGUCUGUUGCAUAUAGAAAUAACUAUUAAAUACAUUUGAUUAUGUGCAUUUAAUGUAGUUUAAUAACCACAUCUAAUUGAGACGUCAACUAGAGUCAAAAGCUGAAGCAGUUAUACUGCUAAGAUCGUACUGUUAGCAAGAUUAGCUAGCUUUUUGCUACAUUGUGACUGGAUUUAGCUGCUGCUUCAUUUAAUAAUGUGGAAAACAAACUAAAAUACCAAGAUUAAUUAACAGAUAACUAGCUAGGGAAAAAACAAUAAGUAAAUUUAGUUUUAACUAAGGCUAGCUGGCCUGUGGCUAUCUGACCAGCUGGUUAGUUUACUAUUUAGCACAAAGUUGUUUUGCUGCAUUGUGCCUUUGUAGGGCAGAGCUGUUUCCCCUUACGUUAAUCUUUAUGCUAAGCUAAGCUAACCUGCGACUGGCUAUACUGUAUUUUCCUAUUUAAUGGGUGUAUAUAUCUAUAAGUGGUAUUGAUCUAAUUCUCACUCAACUCAUGACAAGAAAGUAAAUAAGAAACUAUUCUUUUUAUACUAUUCCUUUACUGGUAAUGUCUGAAAUGCAUUAGCAUAUUCUUACUCCAGCUACAUCGCUUUUACUUGACAGAAAUGAACUGUGAAUGGUACAGUAAUCGUUGACUCUGAACUAUGAACACAGCACACCACAUCUCAAGCCAAUGCUAUUGCCUUAAGUGCAUGCUCCGUCCCGGGAGAGUCCCUGUCAGAAUAUCUUUGUAUUGACUGGCCUUUCAGACGACUCUCCGAGGAGGCCUGGACCUCACACUGCUCUCCCGAAGCGGCACAUGGGCCCCCUGCUAAGAUGCACAGUGCACGACUACUCAAGCAUUUUAGAGCCGAUGGUGAAUUAUUGAGAAAAUGGAUGAGUCAAUCUAAAUUGCGCUUGUGCUGGAUGUCUCAUCCUUGUGUGUUUUUUUUUUUUUUUUAAAUCUUGCCUAUCAAGAAAUAAAUGCCUGAAAUCCAACUGAA